CGUAGGCUUGGAGGAGCGUCCGCGAGUCCGAUGUAUUUGUACAUAUUGUUCACGGACUUUUCGAAAACUAGAACAGGCAUGAUGUCGACAACUAGAAGAAAAAGAGCUUUCCGCGCCUAUUUGUAACGAGUAGCCUACAAAAUAAAGAGUUGGCUGUAACAAACGGUUGGUCAAGCUCUGUUAUGAAUUAUUGCUGAUCAGGGAGCCUUCAACCUGUCACUGCAACAUUUUGUUUACAGCAACGAGGAACACUUUCAGUUCUCCAGUAUUCUAUUCUCAGGUCUAAUCCGAACCACCAAACCCACCUCCCGCCAGUCUCAUGUGGCAAGGAAUCGGAAUGGACGCACUUCCUGGACGGAGUAAAAUAUGAAAUCUCGGGUUGUUUUUAUAUCCGUGUUGUUGCUGUUGUGGUGUCACUGUCGCUAUGUCUUGGGCUCCGGUGAGUCUGGUACCGGGAUAGUUCCGUUUCCAGACCGAUCCGCCGACGGUGCUGACCUGCUCUCCUCUGUGGGUCCCACGGUGGGCACGCACUCCGCGAUGUUACGUCAGGGAAACACAGACGAGUGUGACAUUGUGAUGAAUCUGAGUGCUGUUGAUCGCUGUGCGUUUGUGAAGGCCACUCCAGACUGCAGUAUGGAAGACAGCUUCAUCAACUACCUCAAAUUGGCCUUCUGUCUACUACCACCCAAUCUCACACCCCUCACCAUCACACUCUGCAUGAUCUGGUUGUUCAUCUUGUUCAUAGUUCUCGGACUGACUGCGUCAAAGUUCUUCUGUCCCAACCUCUCAGCCAUCUCCUCCAGCCUUCGACUCACACACAACGUGGCUGGUGUGACUUUCCUGGCACUAGGUAAUGGAGCUCCAGAUGUCUUCAGUGCCACUGUGGCCUUCUCCCGACCACACACCGCUGGCCUGGCUAUAGGAGCACUGUUUGGAGCGGGUAUCUUCGUAACCACGGUGGUCGCCGGGGCUGUGUCAUUGGUCAAACCCUUCACUGUAGCAUCCCGCCCCUUCCUGCGGGAUGUCAUCUUCUACAUGGCUGCAGUCUUCUGGACCUUCAUCAUCCUCUACAGAGGAACUAUAUCACUGGGAGAGACACUGGGGUACCUGGGGCUGUAUGUGGUGUAUGUGAUAACAGUCAUUGUGAGUGCCUACAUCUACAGUCAUCAGAAACACUCAGCAACCAGAAGUUCUGUCCAGAGCUCAACACACGUACCAGAGCUCCAGACGUCUGAGUCAGAUGAUGCGGGUCCUCUUUUAUCUAAUGGCAGCAUCCAGGAGGGCUAUGGUAACAACCACAGUCACUGUGCACAUUCCACUAAGUUACACCUCUGGGGUGUGCUACGAGAACCAAUCCAGUCGAGUGUGUGUGUGUGUGCGUGUAUAGAUAGUGAGUACCGUCCCCUGAUCCCCUACUGUGAGUCGACCAGUUCCAUCCUGCUGAGUUCUCUAAACCCGGUGGACAGCAGGACCUGGAGGAGGAAGACCUGGCGCUGGAGGGCUGUGAAAAUACUGAAGAUGCCACUGGAGGUACUGCUGCUGCUGACUGUUCCAGUGGUGGAUCCUGACAAAGAAGACAGGAACUGGAGAAGACCAUUAAACUGCCUCCACCUUAUCACUGCGCCGCUGGUGUGUGUGCUCACCUUCAGCUCCGGAGAGUACGGUUUGUAUCUGAUUGAGGGUCAGUUUCCUGUCUGGGCGUUGACGUUGCUCUUCGGCCUCUUCCUCUCCGCCAUAGUCUUCCUCACCACUUCUAACGACCACCCCCCAGCAUACCACUCAGUGUUCUCUCUGCUGGGCUUUGUGGUGAGUGCGAUGUGGAUCAGUGCAGCAGCCUCGGAGGUGGUCAGUAUCCUGCACAUGCUCGGUGUGGUCCUUAGUCUGUCCAACAAUUUACUGGGUCUCACACUGCUGGCCUGGGGAAAUAGCAUUGGUGAUUGUUUUUCUGACAUCACCAUCGCUCGCCAGGGCUAUCCUCGGAUGGCAUUAUCAGCCUGCUUUGGGGGAAUCAUCUUUAACAUGCUGAUUGGAGUGGGCAUUGGCUGUCUGAUGCAGAUGUUUAACAACGAGCCAGUGGUGACGUUGGAACCAGAGGGUUUGUUGACCUGGGUUCUAGCAGGUUCUCUGGGUCUCUCUCUGGUCUUCUCCUUCAUCCUAGUUCCUCUGCGUUGUUUCCACCUGGGCCGGGCAUAUGGAAUCUUCCUUCUGCUCUUCUACGCAGUCUUCCUCCUGGUUGCGCUGCUCACGGAGUUCGGCUUUAUCCACACCUGAAGCCUGUACGAGAUGGUUUGGACCAGUCUGGUAGAGCCACCUGCGAAUACUGACAAGACGGACCGAGACCUGAGAUACUUCCCUCCUCCUGGGAGAGAUGGAGUCACAGCCAAUCACACUGUGCCUUAACUGAGUUGGAACCAAUCAAACUGUGUGAUUUAACUUUUGUCUGUUUGCACUGACUAUAUUUUUAUAUUUAGAUCGCCAUUAGCUGUUACAUGAGGACAAGCUACUCUUCCUGGGGUCCACACAAAACAAUUACAUACAUAUACAGAAAUGACUGUAUGGACAGUAACACACAGUUUUAAAAGUAACCCAUAUACCGACAAGGAGAAACUUUAAGGGAAUUCUCUCUUUUAAAUCAAUGUGAAUGCAGUGUCUCCUUAGUGACUGCUGUCUGUAAUGGUUGAUGUGAGUCAAUUGUAUAAAAUGUGCUCUAUGCAACACAUUGUCAAUCAUUUCGAUUUCCUAAUGUAUUUUAAAUAACAUGGCUUAGAAACACCUAUAUAGUUCCAACUUCUGAGAAGGGGAACCAAUCGUGAAACAGCAAGGCGCAGCUGUUUAAGUCAUUUAAAGAUGGCCCUAAACAUGCUACUUUAUGCAGUUGCAUCAAUGUUAUGCAUUUUUAUUAAGGAAUUGUAUUAUUUUACUACUACAGAUGUAUGAUAGAUAUAGAGGUAGUACAUUACUGUCCCUGAUAGAUAUUUGAAGGUGGAAUUGUUGCAUAUAAAGCACCUUUGGUAAAGGAUUAUCUUGUUGGAACUGUCAGGGCUGUGUGUGUGUGUGUCUGUUAAAGGAAGUGAGAUCAGGGUAAAAAGCACUUAUGCGUGGACACAUGUCUAGGUUCUGAGAUGUUGAUUAUUGUGUAUUGUCCCUGUUUAAGAUAUAAAUAAAAACAUCAAAAAUC